AAACGUUUUGACGCAACUUGUACGUCACCGUGCAAAAGAGAUCAAAAUCGCGGCUUCAGCUGGGAAGUAUACACGGGGUGAAGCCCACGAUGUCUUAACCUUCAUUAUGGAGGAGAGUCUUCCGGGAGGGCCCGCCGAGGAAAUUACGGAAUAGGAAAUAGUUGGCAAUCUGCUCCAACUCAUGGCAGCCGGGCACGAUACAUCAGCAAAUGUUCUUUCGUGGUGUGUGUAUCUCAUGGCGACGAAACCCGAAGUACAGAACAAGCUUCGAGAUGAGACGAGGGAACUUGGACAAGAUUCGGAAAUCACAUUCGAGCGGUUGGAUACAUUGCCAUAUAUGAACAACUUCGUGAAGGAGACGCUUCGUGUUUAUGCAAACGCCACCACCAUACAUUGCCAGGCCAAUGUCGAUGAGACCAUCUGCGGUACCUUUAUUCCCAAGGGCACGACAUUCGGCGUGGUGCCGCACGUAUCACUGAUGACCCCGCUGAUUUGGGGCGAUGAUGUUGACGACUUUGAUCCAGGGCGAUGGGAUCUGCUGAGCGAAGCGGCGCAAUCACCGUAUGCAUUCAGUACAUUCUCCAACAGUCCCCGAAUAUGCCUCGGUCGCUUGUUCGCGAUGCGGGAGAUCAAGAUUAUCCUUGUGGAGAUGGUACGCAACUACAGAUUUCUUGAAGUCGAUGGACCGUUUACCGUUGAGAACCCCAGUCUCACCUUGCGCCCCUGA